AUAAGGUCAAAGUUCAAAUCUUAGGUAAUACACGUCUGUCGUCGAACGGCCUUCUAUACACAAAGCGUUACUGUAGAUUAUGUAUUCUAGGUUCGCAAGCUAUACGUAAGUCAAGUUUUCAGCGUUAUCACAGUUUAUGUAAAAAGAGCCAGAGAAGUUAUGAAGUUACUGUCGCUCAAGCGAAGACAUCCCUCAAACGGACGGAGAUCUCCGAGUCUGACGCCUCUGCUGGCUCCGCAAACCACGGUUGGUGCUCAGCGCUGUGCGUGGUUGAGUACGUGCAGAUUCACACGUAACGUCGGGACCAGUAAACACUUGCCAAAAUGUUCGGCGCGGACGAGAUAAACUUGUAUUUCCUCUCAGCUAGCAUUGACUUCAGAUAAAACUUGAAAAAUAGCAUCAAGCCAUGGAUCUUGCCAAGCAAGCCUUUGGUUGCAAUAAUAACGAACAAGCGACAGAGAUUUUCGACCACCUUCUACACAUGCACGGACCCAACAUGGACUGGCUGAUCGGGCGGGGGGACACGUACGCCCGACGGGGCAAUAUGAACGAGGCCCUGGGGGACUACAUGCACGCCUUCCGGCUGGGCGAAGUGGCCCCGGAACGGCUCAGGGAACUCGUGAACGCCCUCGUGGCGUCGGUCGCAAAGAAGGGCGACUUGGCGGAGUCGAUACAAAAGUUCCGUCGAAAACUCAAAGGGCAGCCUUCGGACCUGUUUUCCUGCCCGGCCUGCGAGGCCUUACUCUACGAGCCCACCACACUCCCCUGCGGACACACGACUUGUCGGGACUGCUUACUGCACGCCGCGGAGUCCAGAACGUGUGCCAAGUGUAAAGUCAAACACCCCCGCCCGCCGGCGGGCGGGCCGCGGGUGAACUUCAAGCUGGUGGAACUUCUGGAGAAAUAUUUCCCCGAGGAGAUGAAAGCGCGACAGUUGCGGGCGGAAGGGAACAAGUUUUAUGCCAAAGGAAAAUUACAGGAGGCUGUGAAAAAAUAUACCGAAGCAACCAAAUUAGUACCCCACGACCACUAUGUGCUGAGCAACAGGUCUCACGUGAACAUGGGACUAAAGCAAUACGAGGAAGCACUUGAAGAUGCGGAAGCAGUGUGUGAACUCAGGCCCGAUUGGUCCAAGGGUUAUUAUCGGAAAGGCAUGGCUUUGACUGGCCUCCAACAGCAAGAGGAGGCCAUGGUGGCGUUUCUGCAGAGCUUGGCCCUCGACCCCUUCUCCACGUCAUCCAGAAAAUGCCUCGAAGAGGUCCUGCACGAUCUUCUCUCUCCCGUCCAGCCUGCAACCAUCAAGUGCCUAGAGCUGCAGCGAGGGUUCCCCAGGCCCCUUAGGCCCGGGGCGGCCUCAGCAGCGGCGGCGGGGUCAGGCGGGAUGUUUGCCAGGGGGAUCUCAGACUUGGCAGAGGAGGUGGCGCUGGGACUCAAAGCCGUCAACCAGCUGUUGGCGGACAAGGAUGCCGAGGAAAAUGAAGAAACCUCUUCAGAUGGCGAGAAUAAGGAAGGUGCAGAAACGGCCUCCAAGUCAGACAAGGAAGUCAAACGGUCAUCCGAGGACGCGCCCACAGCCUCAGCCAAGGCCACGCCCACUUUGGAAGCCGGGACCACAAAAGUUUCCACACCUACAUCAGAGGCCACGUCUACAUCAGAAGCCAGGCCCACAUCAGAAGCCUCGCCCACAUUGGAAACAACGACCACAGCCAAGCCCCCUUCAGCAUCAGAAACCACGUCCACACCUGGAUCUACGCCAGCAUCAGAGGACACGCCCACACUGGGAACAUCAGAAGCCACACCCACAUUGGAAGCAGUGACACGAGCUGGAUCCAACCCACCUUCGGAAGCCACGCCCACUUCUGAAUCUGCACCCACAUCAGAGGCUGAGCCUGCAUCAGAAACCACACCCACAAUGAAAGCUGCGCCCACACCAAGGGCCACGCCCGCUCCCGAAUCCCCGCCCCCUAGGAAAGCACAAGCAACGGAGUGCUUGCGGAGUCGAGGAGAAAUGUCGACUUCGGAGUUCCUGACGAUGCGCAAACGCAAGCGCUGCAUGUCAAGCAGCAGCGAUGCCAUCCUUAGUCCCACCAGAAGAGUAGAAUUCAAGUUUGCCCGUGUGGACUUGAUAAGGAAAGCACGGACAGUCCCUAGGGAAAAAGUGGACAAGGAGGACUAUGAGUGCAGUCUAUGUUAUAGGUUAUUUUUGGAGCCGUUGACGACACCCUGCGGCCACACCUUCUGCAAACUGUGCCUGAACCGGUCUCUAGACUACAACAACUCAUGCCCGCUGUGCAAGGACUCGCUGGCAGAGUAUCUGGCUCAGCGCAACAACUCAGUCUCGGAGGUGGUGCUGUUCCUCCUGCAGGAGUACCUGGGGGAGGAGUACCGGGAGAGGGAAGAGCAGCACAAAAGGGAGAUGGAGGCAAUGGCAAGGUUUGUGCAAGACCAGUCGCAGUGCGAAGUGCCAAUCUUCGUCUGCACCUUGGCGUUUCCCACAAUCCCCUGCCCGCUGCACAUCUUCGAGCCUCGCUACCGGCUGAUGGUUCGGCAGACGAUGGAUUCAGGGGCCCGGCAGUUCGGCAUGUGCUUACCGGACGACACCAACCAAGGGCAUGAGGACAUCGGCUGCAUGUUGGAGAUCCAGCAGGUGGAGAAUCUACCCGACGGCCGGUCGGUCAUCAAGACCGUCGGGGGUCGCCGCUUCAAGGUCCUGUCCAGGGGAAUGCGGGACGGCUACAACACGAGCAUGGUGGAGUUCAUCAAAGAUGUGGAAGUGACAGGUGAUGACAUUGCUGUAGUCCGAGCGCUGGAGACGGAGGUUUAUCAGCAGGCCCAGACCUGGUUCAACUCACUGCCGAUCAUGCACCAGACCCGUAUCAUAGCCCACUUUGGCCCCACACCGGCAAGAGAAGAAGACCCUCUGGCCUGCCCCCAGGGCCCGUCCUGGACCUGGUGGCUGCUCGCCAUCCUCCCAUUCAACAAGCGUAUUCAGCUGGGCAUCCUGGCCAUGCCAAGCCUGAAGGACCGCCUCAACGCCCUGCAGCGGUGCCUCGCCCGCAUAUCCGGCUACCAGUUCUGACUAAAAGGAGGCAGCGGCGUAGAAUGGUCUCGACUUGAAGAUAGCGUCUCUGUUGCUUGGAGAUGAAACUAUGAUCAGAUAUUUCGAGUUUGCGUUUAGGAGUACUCUUAUUAUUCAUCCCGGAUAAGUUGCUGAAGGGGUGAAGUGCCGUGGUCCAGUGGUGAUGGAGUUCAACUCAUCAUCAUCAUCAAGUCGACUCUCGUCGGACUGCAACAAAAGCAUACCACACAUCACGGUCUCCCAUGGCCGUCCUGAUCUCGGCUGCGGAGGCAAGUCCAGUAUCACGACGCGGCUGGUCCACGUAGGUUAGCGUCUGCCCACCUCGAGAGGCUACUCCAUGAGUGGGUUCCCAUAAGAUGAGUUGGCUUGCAGCUAUCUCUGGAUGCCGAACGCAGUGACCAGCCAAUCGCAGGCGCCUAAGUCUGAUAGUUGCAGAGAUCCUUGGCAGGUUGCCAUAGAGCACCUCAUUCCUGACUUUGUCUCUCCAACUCACGUCUAGAGCCAUCCUAAGCAUGCGAGUGUAGCAGCCAUCAAGUCGAGGCUCUUGCUUUGUAGUAAGGGUUCAUGCCUCAGAGCUGGAGUUCAACUCAUGUGCCAUGGAACAUGGGUUCAAAUCCUGACAGGGAAACGUGCUGCUUGUGUCCUCAGGCAAGACACUUAACCUCAAUUGCCAGUCUCUCCACACACGUAGAGAGGCGAGAUUGUGCUGAUCUUGGCUGCAGAAAAAAAAAUUGGUCUCGUGGGUUUUAACUGUUUCUAUAUUGGUCUGAACAAAGGUAAACUAUGAUCUACGAGGAUUUUUGGGCAGUAUUUGUUUUUUACCUGUUUGUAAAAAUGGAACAAGUGGGAAGUGAGAAAGUGAAUUUUAUUGAAUUUUUUCUCAUCAUUCUCAGUGCCUUUCAUUGCAAAUUGUUUUCACUUGCGAAACUACGACACCCAUACUGUAAUUCGGGCGAUACACAAUACAGUGCGCCACCAAGCGUUUGCCAUGGACGGUCCAUUUUUACAAGUUUACGUUCGACAAAACGCGGCCCAUUUGAAUGAGUGUCAGUAUACAACUUGAACUAAUUUGUAAGUGAUUGGGGCAUACCAUUCUGCCGCCUUACAAAAAAAUCACCAUAAAAAGAAAAGAAAACAGUAGACACACGGUAUACCUGACACAUUCGCUUUCGAAACUACUGACUGGAAUAACUAACAAUUUCAAAUGUCCCGCGCUGUGAAUUCGUCGACCAUCUCCCACAAUGCAGUGGGAAAACUGAACUCUCUGUGGCAAUCUCUUGUCGGCGCACUGCAUUGUGAUUCAGCCGAACUAUAAUUUUUGUAAAACUAGUCUCAUGUGCGCGCGAUAUAUUGUGGAACCAAAAGCCGAUGGUAUUCAACAAAAAUGUCAAUACUUUUGGGGUCACAUUUCAAUCGCUGCUUGUAAACGCUUUUUUUUUCUUUUUUGGUGUGAAUUGUACAUGCGAUAUUUUUAAUUAUACCAAAGCUAAUAUUUUGUCAUGACUUUUUUCAUAAAUGCUCUAUGAUAUUUUUUUUUCUAAUAACAAAUCUAUAGGAAUUAACAUUUUUUUAUUCUGUUUUUUUUUUUAUUUCUGUUUUGAUUUUCUUUCUUUUGGUUUAUUUUGUGUUCUUAAUGUUGUGUGUGUGCUCAGAGGGAUAUUUCUCGUAAAAUUUCUUAAAAAAAAUAGUGAUAUACUUAUUUAGACCCAUAUAAAGAAUGCGCACAAAAAUUUCACUGAUUUGUACAUUUUGUGUAAAGGGAGCCACAAUUACAGUCCUUUUCUAUUGUUUACAUCAUAUUGAACAUGCACACAUUAGCUUAAACAUGACAUUAACAGUGGUACUAUGUAUACAACAUAUACAAUGUAUACAACGUAUACAAUGUAUACAAUGUAUACAACGUACAUGUACAGUAAAUUUUAAACCAACCAAAUGUUUGACACAAUGGAUAGUUGCCAUUCACUAAAAAAAAAUGCAUAAUUCGAACUUCCUGGAAUGCGAUCGAGUAAAAGGUGCUUCUUAUAAUUUGUAAAUUCAAUCAUUUUGCUGAUUUUGGCAAAAUAAAACUAGAAAGCAGAUCGGAAAAUAAGUUCCGUGUAACCGAUCGGGAAAACAUUUAAAACAGAUUUUUGGUUCAUUUUGUACUCAAACUUGUAAACGCCACAUCUACAUCAGUCAGCCAUGCUUAUAUCUAAAUUUCUCGUUUUAUUUAAGAGUAAAAUUAGUAGAAUUAUUUGAUAUUGUUCACAAACUGUUUUUUAUUCUAUAAAGAUGUUUGGAUUUCCAGUAUUACAGUUUUGUUCUGUAUUUACACAGUUGUAAAUAAGUAUUUAUUGUCUUUAUUCACAAGUUAUUACAAAAAAGAGAACAAAAUGUACAUAGAUCAAUUGUAGAAAUUAAUUUUUUAAAAACCCAACCAAAUCAGUUGUCGAUAGUAGUCUGUGCAUUAUGGGAAAGUCGGGUGUACAUGUACGUGUAGAAUAAGUGUAGUUUACAAGUUUGUAAAUUAAAGAUUUUGUUAUCUCCAAAAUUCAUCAUAGUUUGUGUAUUUAUGGCUCUUUCAGUAUAGAAGUGGUAUAAUUUGUCAAUAGAGACCCUUUCCAAAGAUUUUUCUCGGGUAACCGUAGACUUAAACUUUUGUCCACGGCAACAAAACUGUACAAAAGAUAUGGUUGCAUUUGUUUCUUACCUCUUGAUUGAUUAGUCUAUCUUUAAAAAAAAUGACAUUUUUUGAUCCGGUUUGAGUUUAUUGAGAGGAAAUUUUGACUCGGUUAUAAAAAUCAGUGUAGAUAUGAACAUGUACAAAAUAUAUAAUUUGUUUGGUGACAUC